AGAUUUCUGGCACCUCAUCGACAUCAUCGACCUGGUCCAGUAUACUAUCACCGAACACUACUGGCUGAUUGAACAAGACAAUAUUCUGGCUUUCUGCAUCCCCACAGGCUGCACAACCCUCUGCCGGUGCCUCUCCAAUGCUUAUUCCCGUUCACGCCCCCCAAAUUCAGUCGCCGGAUUGAAUGAUCAAUUAGCGUAGAGCCAACAUCACGAAAGUUCAAAAUCUAAAGGUCUUCGUUCCGAGCCCGCUUAUCGCUUUGAAUCGUCCCCAAACGAUCAUGUUCGCCAAACUCUCCACUACCUUGUUGUGCGUCCCUGUACUUGCCCAAAAUAUUCAGCUUGACGUCAACUUGGGCCACGAAAGACGAGUUGACAUUGAAAAAAUGGACACGACGAUUGCAUCACUUGCUCAAAUCGCGACCGACAACGGAGGAAACCGUGCUUUUGGUUUGUCGGGAUAUGACGCGUCGGUAGAUUUCAUCCUCAAAUCUAUCAAGAAGUUCGAUAAGGAACGUGCAUUUAAUGUCUGGACCCAGCCCUUCGAAGGCUUGUGGACGCAGAUCACGGUUCAUCGUCUGAACAUAUCCGAAACGGAAUCGUACAUUCCUGUCGGCCUCACGUACUCCCCGUCGACGCCAGUUGGUGGUGUUACUGCUGAACUAGCGAUCGUUCCGGGUGACGCUAAACCCUGUAACGCUGAAGAAUUAUUGGCUACGGGUGCUAACGUCACUGGAAAGAUCCUUUUGAUUGAGCGUGGCUCAUGCCCCGAUGGAACCACGUUUGCGGGAAAGGUCAAGACGGCCAAGGGCGCAGGCGCUAUCGGCGCUAUCAUCUACAACAGUCAGGAUCCUUUCAUUUCUGGUGGAACCCUCAGUGCACCCAACCCCGAAUACAUCCCUGCCGGAUUACUCCAGCGGGCUCAGGGUCUAUCGUUGAGGGAUCGUGUUUUGGCAGGAGAAGUCUUGAAUGUUCGUUACGAGCAAAUACAACUUCUUGAGAACAGGACGACCGUUAACGUCCUCGCUGAGACCAAGGCUGGCAAUAAAAAUAAUGUGAUCAUGCUCGGAGCUCACCUUGAUAGUGUUCAAGCUGGGGCUGGCGUCAACGACGAUGGGUCUGGCACUGCGCUCAUCCUUGAGCUGCUGCGUACCCUCGAUGCAAACAAAGUCAAGAACCGAGUGCGAUUUGCUUGGUGGGCCGCUGAAGAAAAUGGUCUCCUCGGUUCCAAGCACUACACCGAGAAUCUCCCUACCAACGAUGUGAAGAAGCUCUUGGUGUAUCUCAACUUCGACAUGGUUGGCAGAGGUUACUACGGCGUCUUCGAUGGCGAUGGCUCAAGGUACAACUUGACUGGACCACCAGGCUCUGAUGUGAUUGAGGAUAUCUUUACCAAAUGGUUUACUGCUCGAGGUAUCAACACUACCGAAGCCGCCAUAAGUGGUGGCAGCGAUUACCUACAUUUCAUGCAAGAUCUAAACAAGCCUAUUGGAGGUUUGCACACCGGAACUGGCGUCGAACAGGACCCCUGUUACCACCAGGCUUGUGAUGGUUAUGAGAAUGUCAACAUCACUCAGCUCUAUAUCAACACUCAAGCGGCUCAACACGUCCUGUUCGAAUUGAUUGAGAAUGGUCCGAGAAUUAUUCCCAAGACUAGUUAUCACACUAGUACUGUCUUAUUGAGCAGGUCGGGAGGUUGGACCUACCUGAAAGAUGAUUAGAAGCACAGUCGUGGGGCGAUGUACAU